AUGGGGAAAGCAAAGAAACAACGCAAAAAUAGAGGGAACCGCUCGGCGCCCUACGAAGCCGGAGAUGUCGACAUGAUGGCGGAGACUGGCCCGAGUCCGGAUGAUGCUGUCGAUGACCCGACGCUGACUUCCCAGCCCAAGGAGCAGGCGAACGGCGCUGGCGAUAAGGCGGAGGAGCCCGGCACAGGAGGCAGGCAAAUCCACAAGCGACAAGCGGCGGAGUGGCGGAAGAUGAAGAGCGAAGUUGCCCAAUUAAAGAAGCAGCGGCAGAAACUGAGAAAGAAAGUUGUAGCAGAGCGGGAAGAGAGAAAAAAGAUUGGAAAGUUGAUAAAGGCGAAGAUUUCUUCAAUGCGGAAACGACACGACGAAGAGCUAGAGGCACUUGGUCUUGGUAAAUCACUUCAUAGCGUUGACGCUGACGAGAGCAUGGCAGUUGAUGACUGA